GGUCUUGAAACUAGCGAGCUGAGGUGAGAGGAUCUCCGUGUCUGCUCGCAAAGACUUAUAAGCUGAUAUCUGAGGCAACCCGCUCUGGUAGACUAGGGAAUACCUUGAAGCUUCGUUCUGAAGAAAUCACCUGGAUUGUCACCAUGAGGGCUUACUGGUACGACAACAAGGAGGGCGACCAGCGCCUCCCGCACGACAGCGGCAAGGACGUUGACGCCUCGGAGCUCGAGAAGCUCGGCGUGCUGUACUUCAAGUUCGGAGAGCUCGAGGGCGUCGACGCCCUCGCGUCCCAGCGGGGUUACAAGAACCGCGACGAGAUCACCGUCAGCCCGGAGAAGAUGGGCGACGUGUACGAGGACAAGGUCAAGAGCUUCUUCCACGAGCACCUCCACGAGGACGAGGAGAUCCGGUACAUCCGCGACGGGCAGGGGUACUUUGACGUGCGCAGCCGGGACGAUGCCUGGGUGCGCAUCGCGCUGCAAAAGGACGACCUCAUCAUCUUGCCUGCCGGCAUCUACCACAGAUUCACGACUGACGAGAAGAACUAUAUCCAAGCCAUGCGCCUCUUCAAGGAAGAACCAAAGUGGACGCCCUUGAACAGGAGCAACGACCUCGACGCCAACGACUACCGCAAGGCAUAUGUUUCUGAGUUCUUGCAAUGAUUUAGGAGCAAAGACGUAGGGCAUGGCGAGAUGAUUAUAUGAAUCCAGUACAUCAACCUUGUAUUCCCACGUGUUGGGUGAUACCAAAUUUGUCACGGUAGAUGCUUUAUGUGUAUCAUUGACUGCUGCGUGGAAGGGAUCACUUGAGUCGCCCGUUCCCAGGUCAUGGCUCAACAGUCAGUGUUGUGUGUAGUGUGAAGUGUGCGGAAAGAGAGACGAGAUGGUUCUCGUGUCGAAGUUUUUAUGGUUCAUCCGUGGACAUGUGCAUCGCGGAACAGCCUGAGCCACUGACUUGAGCCCGGUGGUUCAUCAGCUUGGUUGACACAUCGGAGAUACCUCCCAACGGAGAUGCCUCCAGGCCUACUCUGAAAAGUUAUAUAAGGACCUCGUCUCCCUCGUGCUUUGGGGUCGAGUCUGCUGCAC